AUGAGUCAAGCGUAUGUGGAAGACAUGACAUUCGUCGAGCCUGAUGUGCGGAUCACUUCAAUAUUUCGUGUACAUCCAUUUACUUUCACUGAGGGCUAUCGUCAUCUCACAGCAUUCAUCAGAGAGCUAAAUGAAGCGAUAGUGGGAAUUAGAACAAGUGAUACGGUCUAUAUACCAAAAUCUUCCGAAUCUAUUCUCCACCUGCUUGAUAUACUUAGGAGCUGGCUCGAGGAAUUCCCACCAGAAAAAACUUCUGAAGAAGGCAGCGGAGAUCCUUCAUUUCGCAAAUGGCACUCUUUGCUUUCUAAGAACCUGACUUCACUAAUGGAAGAACUUUUACGACCAGAACUUUAUCCCGCAAUAGUUGAACUAUCAGCAUAUCUUAUCGAUUCAUUUGGAAGACCGGAAGAAAUCGAUUAUGGUGUUGGCAAUGAAGCCUCCUUUCUCAUCUUUCUGAUGUGCCUCUAUCGUAUCGGUUUCCUUGAUGAAACCGAUAACAAGGCCGUUGUUUUACGAGUGUUCGACGGAUACCUCAAGCUAUGUCGAACCCUGCAGCAACUCUAUCGGAUGCCACCAACGACUGUAGCUCAGUUCGCCAUCGAUGACUACCAGUUCAUGCCGUAUGUGUGGGGAAGCGCUCAGUUGAUAGGUAAUGUUAACGGAAAUGAGGUGGACCUUGUACCGGAGUCGUACGCGGAUAGGGCGUUAGUGGAGAAAUUCGCCGAAGAUUAUCUCGUCUUUGAUGCUGUUCGCUAUAUCUUUCAGAUAAAGAAAGGAGAAUUUCACGAACACUCACAAGAAUUAUGGAAUAUCACAGCUAUCCAUACUUGGGACCGGAUGAAUAAAGGAUUGCUUCGAAUGUAUGAAGCUGAGGUACUCCAGAAAUUUGCUGUGGUGUGUCGUUUCCGAUUUGGAGCUCUUUUUUCUUUUGAACGUCGUGAAGACGUGCCUCAAGAGGGAGUAUAUGCUACAGAUGAGGAUAGCGAUUUGAAUGACUGA